UGUUUUUUAACAAGGGAAGGAACAGAGUUGUCCAGAGAUAGAACUUAACACUGAUAAACUGAAGAUCUGCUAUUAAAUCUUUCCUAACAUUUUGGUAGGUUGAAUUCAAGCUAAAAACCCCAUAUUCCUAUAUCCCUGCUACUUUCUCACUUUGUUUUUCUUUUUCUUUGCUUGCAUCGAAUCAAAACAGGCUGGUUAAGGUCCAGUCUCAUGAAUUUGUAGGUUAUUGUCAGAAAAAAAAGAUAUGGGCAAUUGCGUUACAGAUUGCAAGAACAAAGAUUCUGCAGACGUGAAUCUUGCUGCACAAUUUCAACCCCCCACCAAGGAUAACUUUGCAAAAAGGGAGCACUCCAUUGCUGAACUCGGUUCCAAGCCUCAGCCGUCAUUAAAGGACCAACAAACUAGUUUUGGAGACUUGAGUAAAACAGAGGAGAGUUUUUUCGAUUCCAACCCAUGGUUAGAAUCUGAUAGUGAAGAUUUCUUCAGUGUCAAUGGUGAUUCUACUUUCUCUCGCGGAAACAGCCCCAAAACCUACAAAAACUUGAAGGCAAAUUCUCCCACCGAUACAAAGAAGCAACUAAUUGAGCUAUUUCGAGAGAGCUCCAAUGGUGAUGAUGAUGCAUGACUCAUCAUUAAUUUAUUAAACCAUUCAUCCUCUUCUUCAGUAAUUUAAGCUCAUGUUUGGAUGGCCAACA